AUGCCAUUCAAUCUCCCAUCGAACUUCUGUAUUAACCCCGAAACCUUGCUCCAUCGAACUCGAUCUGCUGACCUCAUUGAAUCACCGGCGGCUCCUCCUCCUCCUCGAUACAACUGGAAGCCUACCAAAGACGAUCCUGUGACACCGGAUAAAACUCUUCGUACUAUCUUUCCGUCAUCAUCUCAUUCGCUAACCAAUACAAACGACUCCAUAACCACUCCUGAUGUCAAGAUAGUACGCAAUCACUUUGAGACUGCCUUUCAAAAUACCCCUAUUGCACCUGGCGGAUUUGUUUUCUCAACAAUGCCAGCCUCUGAAUCGUCCGAUACCGCGACGGUCAAGGGGAAGAGCAAAGAGGAUGGAGUCCAAUCGAAGGACGAUAUCAUUGAAGCCCUGCAUGCGAGAAUGAAACAGUUGGAGCAGGAAAACGCCACGUUGGAACAGAAGGCAGAAACGGCUGCUGCUGACCGACGACGAUUGGACACUCUCGAAACAACGCUGUCUCAGAUGUUAUCAAAUUUUUCACCCACCUUAGGCAACAGUGGCGGAUCUCAGAACCCGUUUGGGAUCAACCCAGGUGGUGGGAACAACUUAGCAACUCCGACUCCCUCUGGGCCUCGAGCAGGUCAAUUCCAAACUCAGGAAGUACCGCCAACUCAAACCAGACCCCCCACCUUGGAACUCACUUGA